AUACUUAGCUGUCAAACUUAGAUGUUCCAUGUUCAAUUAAAAACCGUUUGAAAAGUUUAUAUUGUUGUUUCAAUGUUAGCAGUUCUCUAAAACAAGUUGUAGUAUUAUAUUAUUCACUCCAUCCAUAUUUGUGUGUUGUUAAGCCCAAAAAUGGACGCAUUUACAGAGAGUAUUUUGAACAGGGCGAGGGAAAGACAAAAGUUAUUAGAAAGCUACGGAGGUACAGAUAGAAUACCUCUUAAGGAUGCUAACUGUUUGUCUUCAGAACCUCAAAAGGGACGAAAAGAAUCACUUUCAGAUUCUAAUAUCAGUGUUAAUGUCUGUACAAAAAACUUAGAAGCUCAAUCUAAAGAAAACAAGUCUGAAGGCAAUCUUCCCAAAUUUACGAGACAAAAUUCUAGAACUAGGGUUUCAUCAGAUAUGCCAGCUUCUCCUAAAAAUCAGUUAAAGACUCUAAAUAUUCAACAGGAUGAUUUUAACAUGGAAAUUAAACUAACUGCUUCAGAAAAGGUCAGAGUCGAAGUAGAGAUUGCUGAAGCACUCAGUGAUAAUGAUGACAUUGAAGGAGGAUGUCCUUUGAGAAUUGAAUCUAAAAGUAAAUUGAAGAGAUUAGGACAGCUUUAUGCAGGAGGAGAGGAAGCAGAGAUAUCUUCUCCAAUUCAUAAGACAGAAGAAAAAUUUUAUUCUGCAGCUGAAGUAACUGUCAAUAAACCAAAUCACAAAACACCCUGUUCAAAGGCACCCAAAAAAGGUUUAAGUAGUUUGAUGCAUUUAGCUGAGACUAUAAAUCAAUGGGAGGAUGAUAUACAUCCUGUUCGUCAAGUUGAAACAUCAAAAUCUUCUCCAAAAAAGACUUGGAAACCACCUGCGCCCCAGCCACCAACUUCUAAUAAAAAUAGUCCUAUCAAAACAUCAGUAAAACCCAAAGCACCACCACCACCAAAAGAAGUAGGUUCACCUGUAAAGAAACCCCAAUCGGUAAAUUCCCCACUUAAAAUACAAGAACAGUCAAACAAAAAUGAAACAAGUAAAAGAAAUGAUACUUGUGUUUCUCGAAGCAGUCCUGUAAAACAAUCCAAUGGUGUUAAGAAGGAUCUAACUACCCAGAUAGUUGGAGUUAUAGCCAAACAAGUGAGUUGGGAUCAAAAUGUUUUAGAUAAAUUGGAAUCACAAGGAUUCACGAGAACAAACUCAAAUUCUCGAUUAGUAUAUUCGUAUAAUUCACAGGAGAAUAUCGAAAUAAAACCCAACAAACAACAAAAUCCUGACAGAGUUCAAGAACUACAGUCAAUUCAAGAAGAUCAGUGCACGGAGGACGAUACAAUACAAGCCACUACCAUACACGAUGAUGACCAACCUAAAGAGAACAAAAUAAGACAAAUGGCUACUGCGAUACAAGCAAAAAUCGACAUCUCCGAGCAACAUCCAAGUCCUGUAAAAGCCCAUAUUAGAAGUAACAAUAUUGCUGAAAGAGCAGCAGCAUUUGAAAAUAGUCCUUCAAAAUCGACUAAGGAUCCUGCAUUGCUUUCCGUGUCGGAAAGAAAGGCAUUAUUCGAGAAAAAUAAAGGGGAAGCAUUGGUUCCAAAAGCAGCUUUUGGUAUGGCUCCUGCGGUUAAAGUUGAAACCACAAUGAAAGCCAGCUGUACGAAGAUAAUCGGGGCAGAUAAAACUGCCAAACCUGCUUUAAAUCCAGUUCCAGAGAAAGAAAAAACAAUCGUGCAGGUGGAAUUGGUUAGACCAACGAUACAGAGUCCGCCUAAAACUGUAAAGAAACUUGCUCCCAAGCCUCCUGCACCUCCAGCACCUCCUGCUCCUCCGACGGUAGCAUACGUGCCCCAGGCCGGAGGAAUAGCGAGCAAAAUGGCGGCCUUGCUUAAGAACAAAUCGACGAUAUCUCAGGAACAAAUCGAAAGUAGCGUCAAGUCCGAAAGGCAGAAGGAGAUGGAUAUGUUGUUAAACCGGUUUCACACUAACAAAGAGACUGCUAAUGUCAUAAAGGAAGUAUCAGAAGAUGAAGAUGACGACGAGGCAGAUGCCACAGAAAGAACUGUUAUGAUACCCGAAAAACCAGCCAAAAUUGUGUCUUCCGAAAACGAGCGAAGAAAAUCGGGAGAAAAAAGGAAAAGUGGGGGAAAACCGUAUGGUAAAGGUGAUAGUCCAGUGGUGGCAGCAGUUUUGGACGACGUCAAAAGAAUUAAAGUCGCUGGUCCAAAGGAGGGCAGACUGUACCCAAAUCUAUCAGACAUUGAAGCGACUACAGAGACCGAACCUGAAACAUACACGAGGUCACCAUCGCCUGACAACAGCAACAGCAGUUUUGAGACAAGUAAUAAUUCGGACGAUCCUAACACUAGUUUUGGUCGCGAAAUUAUACAGGCAGUGUGUAAGAAUCAGACGCCACAGAAAAGGGCGAUUUUUGAUGAGAGUACUGCCAGCGAUGUAUCCAGUAUUUUAGACGAUAUGGAUAAUUAUCUGGAUGAACUUAGUAAUGAAGAUAACACAAGCGCUGGGCCUACGCCUCCCAAACUAAACCGACAACAAACGCCAUUGAAAACUGUUACCCAGUCUUCUAGUUCAUUUUCUUACAAAAAUUACUCUCCAUGCGUCAAUACACCCAAUCAAAAUUUACCCGACUAUGUCGUUGAAGGAGAUAACAUAUUACCUUUGACGCAUACUGUUAGUUUUUAUAGAAAGCAACAAAACCAGAUACAAUCACCUGUCAGGCAAGUAAUCCGACAACCAAUUUUAGAAGAACCAAUUUCAGAAACACGUCAAGACGAAAGCAAGUUGAUUAGUGAAAAAAUUAAGGAGUUGCAAGAAGAAGUACAUAGACAACAAAAUAUUAUUUCACAAACCAGCCAGGCACUUAAUUUAUGCAGUUGCACUCCAGAGUUUUCGGGGUCGACGGAACAAGUAGAAGCUGAAAGAGUUUUGCUGGUAGCAACCCAUAGAAGACAGGCGGCAUUACAGGAAAUUCAGAGAUUAAAAGUUGAAGGGACUAUUAGACCUCAAGGACAACAUGCCAAAAAUGUGCCAUUGGAAAAAGGAACAUUGACGAUAUCCGAUAUUGUUUUGCCUCUAAAACAUAAAUACGUUAAAGCAUUGGCCGCUGCCGGUGGCAAAGGACAUCACAUUGUGUGCUUGAUAAAAUGCGGAGAACAAGUUAUUCCUACAAAGUUAACUUCGACAGUAGUACAUAGCGUUAAAAACCCAGAUACAGAUUUGGUCAUACCCGGAAGCGUUGUUCUCAGCAAUAUUUACAGCGAUUUUACUAUCACUUUCGAGGUUUACUGUCUGCAGGCCCAAGAGGAGUUUCUUCCACAUGAAGUCAAAUAUCACAUCAAUAGCAAAAAGUCAAACAAUAAAUUGGUAACUCCGAAAAAAUCAAAGCAAGAGUCUAGAAUGGUAAUGCCGAUCAAAGAAUCACCAGCGGGACCUCAAGCUGUAAGAACAUCUUCGUUUGCAAUGAUGGGAUAUGUUGUAUUUUCAGUCCAAGCUGUCAAUAAACGGAUUUGGAGUUUAAAUAACACCCCGCCUAUGAGUCCUUUGGACGGUACCGUUGAAAUGCGUAUUUGCUGUGAAUUAGCUGUAUCUGUUGAACAUAGGGGAUUCUUGACUAUGUUCGAAGAUGUAUCAGGAUUUGGAGCAUGGCAUAGACGAUGGUGUAUGCUGAAUGGACAAACCUUAAGUUACUGGAAAUAUCCAGAUGAUGAAAGGAAAAUGGCACCAAUAAAUUCUAUAGAUUUAAAUAGCUGUAUAACAAAAGAAGUUGGGUCAGUCAAUAGGGAUAUAUGUGCGAGGCUACACACAAUUUUAUUGGAGAUGGAGAGACCUGCCUACAGUACAGAUAAGGACAGUCUAGUAACGAUAUGCAAAGGGGAUAAGACAGUUAUUAGACACUUACUUUCAGCAGAUACGAAACAGGAGAGGAUAGAGUGGUGCACAAAGUUCAACGCUGCCUUAACAGCAAUAAGAAUGUGGGGCAACAAUCAGCAAUAAGUUUGAUUUAUAACACUUAAUUUUACGCUUUGUAAUUGUUAAUGGCCUGUCCAUAAUCCAUAAUAUUGUUUGAAUGAUUUUUAUAGUAGUGUGUUAUAUUUUAAGUAAUAUAUGAAAUAACGUAUUUUAUUUUUAUAGCAGUUUAUAUUGGAAUAAACAUAUUUUAUCUUC